CAGUGAAAGAUCCUCUCUGUAAAUCGAAUCCAAUAAAAUUCCGCUGUCUGUUUUACAGGAGGCUCUCGCAACCAUAAUGCCUAUAGACCAAGCGGAAACCUACCCAGACUCACAAUCACCAACCCUAAUUUUAUCUCAUCCCACGCCCGAAGAGCUCAUCAAGAUCUCGACCAACACUGCCGCCGCAUGGAAAGACUCAUUAAGCCCAUCACAAUUCCUAGAAGAAUCCCACUACCUCUCAAACGUACCAUUAGCUCAAGAUGGCGCAAUGACGAACUGGAUCCUCGUGGACAAACGUUCAAAACCCAACGCCCGCCAUAUCCUAUGCUCAUGUGAGACCUUUCGAAAACGGUCGCUCACAAGCAAUGCCAGGGGCGAAGUCAAGGACAGUAUCGUACAUGGGGUUGCGAGCGUGUUCUGCCCUCCUGAAUUCCGGAGGCGUGGGUACGCGGCCCGCAUGAUGGAAGAGUUGGCGAUUGUUCUGCGCACAUGGCAGGAUAGUAAACUACCCUGUGUAGCUAGUAUAUUGUACUCGGACAUCGGCAAGACAUUCUAUGCGAACCUUGGAUGGAAGCCGGUGAACUCGAAUACGGAUAUCGAGUUCACGCCGAAAUUGAUUCCAAGUCCAACGAUAAGCCGGGGGAUUCAAAGGGAUGAUCUCGCUGAGCUUUGUAAACGUGACGAGGCUAUGGUACGUGGGGCACUGGCAUCUCUUUCCAAGGGAGCCAAAGAGCGCCUGGUGAUUGUGCCGGAUGUCAACCACAUGCUCUGGCACAUUGCAAAGGAGAACUUCGCCUGUGAACGUAUCUUCAACAAAAUUCCAACAGUACAUGGUGCAAUUGUCGGACAACCAGGAAACCAAGUUUGGGUGAUAUGGACACGGAGAUACUACAGCCAUCCAAACGACAAAGUACACGAUAAUGUCCUCUACAUUCUUCGACUUGUAGUAGAAGUGAGUGUAUUUCAUGAUUCUGAACCUGGGGAAGACAAUUAUGACACUCAAAUCUUGAGACAGAAUCUUCGAGCCGUGUUAGAAGCAGCCCAGGACCAGGCUGCGAGAUGGGAACUUGAUAUAAUCAAACUAUGGGACCCACCUGCGAUUGUACUAGAACUGUUGAAAGAUACGGAAUUUGACUCUGUAACCAAAGAAAGGGAAACAGAGUCAGUUGCCAGUCUUCUAUGGUACUCAAAAGACAGCUACAAUGGCGUUGACGUUCCAGCAUGGCAAAUGAAUGAGCACUAUGCCUGGUGUUGAGCGUGUUGUAUCAUCAUAGCCUGGGUAAAAGCAACAUUAUUGGCCUGUAGUUUCAAUAUCAAACGAAAGUGUAUCUCAGAAUGUCACUUCGAAAUACCCAACAAUAACAGCCAAGUUAACUUUUACCCCUCAAAGGGCUCCAAUUUGCAUCAGAGCCACGUUCGGGCUGCUCUGGUCAAUCGGACAAAGACUAGCGUCCCGAUGAUGGUCGGCGACAACCCCUCUGCAAGUGCGCUGACGUACCUCAU